UUAUUUUUCUAUCAUCAUGGUGCAUGCAACACACACACACACACACACACACACAUAAACAUUCCCCAUGACUAGGUCAACAUUUGAAAAAAUCCUCACUCUCCGAAUCGUCGUCGGACAUUAUGGAUUUGGAUGAUGGCAUUGAUGCAACUACGCCAGGUCUGACUGAUCAUACGGGCCGUCAUAUGGUUCCCUUUCUGCGCACGCAGCAAUCCUUUGAGAAGCAGCAGCUGCAAUUGCAGCAGCAGCAGCAGCAAGGAUUGCAGCCAGGACAGCAGCAAUCGCUCAAUGGACCCAGAAGCACAAACAGCCUCCAGUUAAGGCACAACAACGCCAUGGCCGUCAGCAUUGAGACCGACGUCUGACUACUAGUCAAACAAAUGGAAAAUGUACGAAAUUUGCGCAGUGAAAUGUUACGUUGGAUGCCAGAAACGUCAUCAAAAGCAGUCUAAAUUUAGAAUUUUAUUAAAAAUACAGCAAAUAAAUAUAAUAAUAAUGAAAAUAAUAAUUAUUAGUAAGCAGCAUAGUUGUAAAUUACAGUAACAACACACACACACACACACACACACAUAUACACACACACACACACACAAACAGUCUCUCCAGCUUGUUAGGCAUAGCUUAAACUCGCGUUUUAGCUUCAAAUUUAUUGUUAUUUACUUUUUGUUUUUUAUUUUCUGUUUUUCUUUUUGUAAUGCAGCU